GCAAGCGGGACGAGCGGGCAGCGCGCCGGGCGCUGGCCAAGGAGCGGCGGAACCGGCCGGAGCCUGGCAGCAGCGGCUGCGAAGAAGAGUUUGUGAGCUUCGCCAACCAACUGCAGGCCCUGGGACUGAAGCUGCGGGAGCAAUUGCCUGUUCAGAGCGCUGGGCGACCAGUUGGAGGGCCAUUCUCGGAACCAUCUGAAGCACCGACAGGAGACCGUGGACUACAUGAUAAGGCAGCGUGAAGAUUUUGAGCCCUUUGUGGAAGAUGACAUCCCCUUUGAGAAGCAUGUGGCCAGUUUGGCAAAGCCUGGUACUUUUGCUGGCAAUGAUGCAAUUGUAGCGUUUGCAAGAAACCAUCAGUUGAAUGUGGUGAUCCAUCAACUUAAUGCCCCUUUGUGGCAGAUUCGAGGCACAGACAAGAGCAGCGCGAGGGAGCUCCACAUCGCCUACCGGUACGGGGAACACUAUGACAGCGUCCGGAGGAUCAAUGACAACUCAGAAGCGCCAGCUCAUCUCCUAACUGACUUCCAGAUGCUUCAUCAAGAUAGAACAAAUAAAAAAGAGAAAAUGAAGACACAAGGGGACAGUCUGAGAGAUGACAUGGAAGAUGCUGUCCAGAAAGCUGGCAGUGCAACUGGAUGCACGGAUUCUAACUUAAUAGUCCAGAACCUGGAAGCUGAGAGUCACACUAUCGAGCCUUCAGUAACCGCCCUGCUUCAGAUGAACCAGGGGACAAGCAAGGAUGCGGAGAAGAGCCUUGAGCCUGGUGACAGAGUGAAGCAGCGUGGCCCUUCGUGUGAGGAGGCAGGCGGCGGCUCCAGACUCUCUGGAAAUCAGGGCAGAAACGAAGGCAGAGUGGAGACCAGUGAGGCUCGGGCCAGCCCUGGUGAAGAGAGCAGAGCGCGUAAGAAGAGCCAGUGCCCGAAGGUCACAAACAAGCAGCGGAGGGAACAACAGCGGCUGGAGAAGAAGAAGCGUCAGGAGGAGAGGCACCGCCUCAAAGCCCUGGAGAACAGAAAUGGCAGCAGAGACCGGGGCAGAGAAGCAGACGUGAACACGCAGGUCACCUUGGUGAAGACCUUCGCUGCUCUGAACAUCUGACUCUCGCACCCGAGAGCUGAACGAUGCACAUUGCAGACAAGGCUUCCCAGCCACGUGUCCCCUGAGGAUGAGACAACUGUCAGCACCCACACACGAGCCCGAGGAGCCAGUGUCCUUCAAGCUGCCUCUUUCUCUCCUGUGCUCUGUUGUGUGAGAGUGUGGUGACACCAUUCACCUUCUGGAACUCAAACAAAAUACUAAGUCAUAGGUGGGUCAUGGGGCCAGGAGGCUUCGCUUGCCCUGCGAAUCAGAGUGUGGUGGCUCUAGGCUCUUCCCUUGAUGCGUGAGGGGGGUUCCUUGUAAUAAUUCUUGAAGUCGUUAGCACAAUCAUUAGACAUCUUCAUGACAACGCCCUUUGUUUCUCUCUCAUUUUCCAGCAGGAUGAGCGUCUUGCUUUCCCAGCUCAAGAGUGUGUUGAGAUUUGAUUUACUUCUGAUACAGGUCACUCAGACAUGUCAGUGAUAGGACAGGGUGGGGAGCUCACAGCAGCCAGGGAGGUCGAGGCCAUCUCCUUCCUCCUGUCUCAGGUAUCCUCUCAGAGUGGGUGCCCCUCCCCUUGCCAGCCACGUGGUGCAUGUGCCUGGCUAUUGGCGAGACCUGGGUUUGCUGGGCCCCGCAGUGCAGGGGACUUUGGGACAGUUAGGAGAAGGUGUGGCGCUGCUGUGGCACAGCUCUGAGUUCGGAAGUGUGGCUGAGUUUCCUGUAGCUGUGCGGGGUGAGCUGGGGCUCUUAGGUUCUGCCUUGGAAGAAUCUAAAGACAUUGUCUAUGGCAGCAGUCUACAGGGACACCAUUUUCCAUGCUUGAAUUUUAAAUAACUCUUUUUUCUUUUUGCUAUGCUAGACUCAGAAUGAUGCCUACGGAGAGAGAUGGUGGUUUGAGCUUACAGGUUGUCAGCUUCAUGAACAUGAAACUGGGGUGAAGUCCCGUAGCAUAGCCUAGCAAGCUGGCUCUAGCCAAGUCUGAUCCCAGCACUGACGCAGAGGCCGCAUUGCUGCAAGUUUGAGGCCAGCCUGGGCUGUGUACUGAGUUCCAGGCUAGCGAGGGUUAGGAUGAAAGGUCCCGUUUCACUCAUGGGUCUCCACCCAUGAGGUCGGGGGGAAUCUUACAAACAUGCAUCCUGAAUUUUAUUUGGACGUUAACCUUGUUUGGAUUUCAGUACCUCAGAGAGUACAGCAGCGACAGCAGUGGAGGAGGCUGCGUGGCUAAGCUGAAUGGCCGGGGAGGCCUGCACCAUGGGUGCGGGUCCACAGACUAGGUUAUGUGGACAUUAAACUGUCAUGUCUCAGGCGAACAACCAUGACUAAAGUUAAUGCCCUCUGGGAACCUCAUGUUUGGACUAACCCUGUACGCUGGGUCAAAAGAUGAAAUUAUUCCUUGUCACUAGAGGCAAAAGGAAAAUCACAAAAGCAUGUAGACGCAGACACCAUUGUCUCGGGUUCAUCCAGUCGCCUGACCAGCAGGCUGCUGGCUUCUUCAGGGUGGUGAUGUCCUUAAAUUGUUCAUUUGUUCAGCUUUGGAACUUGGCGUUUGGAGCACCUGAAGUCUCCUGGACUCUCUCCCAGGACGCAGUGUAGGUUCCCGCGUAUACAGUCUAGGACAUUGCAAUGCUGUGCAGAUUUGCAAAUGACACGGUCAGUCCCAAUAAGUAAGAGAGGGUGGUGGCUGCUGUGCUCUGAGGGGGGACCAGGCUGCCUCUGGAAGCAGUGUUCUCUGAGGUCACCCAGGCAGUGUCUGAGUGAACGCUCUUUGCUCCCAGCUUUGUACUGCCUCACGGCAGAAUGCCAGGUCCUUGUGGAAAGGUCAGCGCUGUUUACAAAAACCUCAGGAUCGGAAGUUUGAAGUGGCAGGCCUGGGGAAGCAUGCUCGGUGGUGGGGUACUUGCCCAGUGUAUAGGAAGCCUGGGUUCCAUCCCAGCACUUAAAAAUCCAAGCUGUGGCUGGCAUUUAGCAGCCCAUGUAGUGCCUUCUUAGAACUGCUCUUCACCUGACAGGAAGCUGCCUUGGGUCUCUUGGGUGUCAGAGUCCUGGGGAUUCACAAAAGAACACCCUUCUCUACUACAAAUUUGCAUUUAGUUCUGGGUUACCUGCCUCUGGCAGUAGCCUCUGCUUUCUAGAACACAGUGGCACUUUGUUAAAAACAAGUUUGCCUUGUCACCGCCCAGCCUUCCAGUUUCUGCUGCUUUAUCUCUUUAAUAUACUGAUCACUGGAAGCGGGGAGCCUGCCCCAGGUCAGGCUCAGUGUGUGGGCCCCACUACCUCAGUUCUGACAGUCUCUGACAGUUACCUCAUAGGCAGCCGAGGUGAGGCCCAGUGUGUUGAGCUUUGGGGUGACGAUGGUUAGCACUGUUCCUCCAGUCCAGAUGCUCUCAGAGAAGCUGUCCCGGGAAGGGAACCUGUCAGCUUCCUGGCUGUAGCUCAUAAACAGGCCACAGAGAAAAGCCCCAGUGCUUCAUGGCAGUUCACUGGCCUUAAUACUGUGCAGAGAGGUUUUCUAGGUUUUAAGAAUAAUUUAAGGUUAAAAUUAAAAAAUAAAAUAAAAAGCACACUAGAUGGCAGCACCUUGACACUGUAGGCAGAUGAAUUAGCCCAGGCUAGACUUGUAGAUAGCACAGCCCACCAGGAGGCGGGGCUGGGGAUGCAUAAGUUCAUUCAGUUUUCAACAAGAGUGGCUGCCUUGAGGGAGUGAGGUGUGGUCAGGAAUUGUGGCAGCAAGGAGCUUCAGUGUGCGUCAGGGUAGCCUGUAGUUUUUUCUAUGAGCUCUGAAAACACCCCCAACCAUAUCUUGAUUGUGACAGUGAAGAGGGCUGAGCUUGCAGGGCAGCUGGGGUGGGGAUCGGUGGGGGCCCUUCCUGUAGCUCAGGCCCAAUGCCCACUUCCUGUGGCGCUUGUGGCAGUAGAGGCUUAGGUUUCCAGGUAGUAUCAGGUGGACUUGGCCGCUGCACUAUGCUCAGAGUGAGCCCCCCUGCAGUCUUUCAUGUUCUGAGGAACUACUGUCUGCCUGGGUUUUACCAGGAUAAGUAGAGUGCCCUUAUUUUACCUCUGGCAUCCAGCUGGGUAGAGGAAACCCGAAUCCCCAGGCGGAGUGGACUCAGUCAACCCCAAGCAGAGGAUGUGAGCAGAACCAGGAGGCGCCUCCCCAGAGCUGUGGCCUUUGUGGGCCUCCUGAAUCCACCUCCAGCCCCAGUUUCAGCUUCUCACUUCUUACCUCCAGACCCAGGUGAGGUGUGGGGCUUCCCUUGUCUCUCCCAGGUUGAGGGUUGCACAUACCCAGUGUUGUACCAAGCAGACCCAGAGACAUUUUGUGGGUUUCCCAAGACAGGGAUUCUCUGUGUAGCCCUGGCUGUCCUGGAAUUAGCUUUGUAGACCAGGCUGUCCUUAAACUCAGAGAUCCGCCUAUCUCUGCCUUCUGUAAGUUCUGGGAUCAAAGUGGUGGGCCACCACACCCCACCCCAAGAGGGCUUCCACAGGGACAUUUCCUGUGUCUCACAAGCCAGCUGUUCCAGGGUCAUCCUUGAGUUUGUUUACGUUCUAACAGUUGGCAGCUCUGGCCAGUUGAUCAUGUCUGCUGAGAGGAGGGAGGCAACAGCAUCCUUCUGUCGUAAGUGGGAGCGCAUUCGUGACUCCCUGCACUUUGAGGCUGGGCUCAGAGAGCUCUGUCCCAGGUCAAGUUCUAACAGUCUGUUCAGUCUGUUCUCUUUAGAGUCUCAGUUCAGUAACUCAGUUGAAAUGGUGACCCCCCUCACGGUUACUGGAGAAGGCUGGUAGCCGUGCGGAGGAUGCCGUCCCCCCCCCCACCCCUGCCCACACCGUGCAGUGGCACACUUGCACAGCGAGUUUACCAUAAGCAGGGCAUACCUGCGGGCAGGGCUCCUUUUGCUCUGUCCUGAGCACAAGAGAAACCUUUGGGGUCUGACUGAUCCUUGCACAUGAGCAUCCCGCAGGCCCCGUUACAGCACCAAGGCAGUCAGUGAGGUUCGCCUCUGCCUAUGCUCCAAUUCCUGACAGAGCCCUGAAACCUGAGCUCCACUGCUGUGGGGCUCUUCUUGUCUUCCUAUUCUUCAGGGCUCAUUUCCAUGGUGGCUGCCCUCCCAGCUUCCCUUACUAGCACUAAGAUCAGAGAAGGGGAAACGGGCCUUGAGUCAGGCUCAGCACCCAGCACCCCGCUCCCCUUUCUGGUCACAGGGAUGGUGCGUCCGUCCUCCAGUGUGUCUGCCUUCUCCCUUUUUCUAAUUGCACUACACUUGUUCUGGCUGCAGUCUAGAGAUGUCCAAGGUCUCCAUGGGGUCCUGACCAUUAGACUCAGCAAGUCUGCCUUAGCUCUAGAGCGACGUGGUGAGGAAUCACCAUCUCCUGGUGUCUCGAGCCCAUUUCCCCAGGCUGUCUCUCUCUGUAGCUUAUGUUCAUCCGAAACAUUUCCUUCUUAUUUACUGAAGUACUGUACUUGGCUAUCUGCACUGUUUUAAGAACCAAACAUUUUUGUGUUUUUAACCCUCAACACUUGGUGCAUUAGCAGCCGCGAAGACGUGCCACUUUAUCUUUGGAACUGAUUUUGUAUACCAAUAAAUUCUAGUUUAAAAGCAAA